AUAUAUAUAUAUAUAUGUGUGUAUAUGGAUCUGAAUAUACAGUGAAAUUAGGGUUGUGAUAAGAGUGAUCAUUGUAGAAUUGAAACGAUGUCGUUGAGGCCGAGCGCUAGGACCGAGGUUCGCCGGAACCGGUACAAGGUGGCGGUGGAUGCGGAGGAGGGUCGGAGACGGAGAGAGGAUAAUUUGGUGGAGAUCCGAAAGAGCAAACGCGAAGAGAACUUGCUCAAGAAGCGUCGCGAAGGCUUGCAGGCACAGCAAUUUCCCACCUCCAUUCAGGCCUCCACCGUUGAAAAAAAGUUAGAGAGCCUUCCAUCUAUGGUUGCCGGGGUUUGGUCAAAUGAUAGCAAUUUGCAGCUGGAGGCGACUACACAGUUCCGUAAAUUACUUUCAAUAGAAAGAAGCCCUCCAAUUGAGGAAGUUAUACAAUCUGGGGUGGUUCCUCGCUUUGUUGAGUUCCUUAUGAGGGAAGAUUUCCCACAGCUCCAGUUUGAGGCUGCUUGGGCACUCACAAACAUUGCUUCUGGAACCUCGGAGAAUACCAAGGUGGUAAUUGAUCAUGGGGCAGUCCCAAUCUUUGUGAAGCUUCUAGGUUCUUCAAGUGAUGAUGUUCGCGAGCAGGCUGUGUGGGCAUUGGGAAAUGUUGCUGGUGACUCCCCUAGGUGUCGUGACCUUGUCCUUGGCUAUGGAGCUUUAAUUCCUUUGCUAGCGCAACUGAAUGAACAUUCCAAGCUUUCAAUGCUGAGAAAUGCCACAUGGACGCUAUCAAAUUUUUGUAGAGGCAAGCCACAACCCGCUUUUGAGCAGACACGGCCAGCACUUCCAGCCCUUGAGCGUCUUGUUCAUUCAAAUGAUGAGGAGGUGCUGACAGAUGCCUGUUGGGCCCUCUCAUAUCUCUCUGAUGGUACAAAUGACAAAAUUCAAGCCGUGAUUGAGGCAGGUGUUUGUCAACGACUUGUUGAGCUGCUCCUUCAUCCAUCUCCUUCAGUGCUCAUUCCUGCGCUUCGCACGGUUGGGAAUAUUGUGACAGGGGAUGAUGUCCAGACUCAGCGUAUAAUUGACCAUGGUGCGCUUCCGUGUCUGUUAAGCCUGUUGACCCACAAUCAUAAAAAGAGUAUCAAGAAAGAAGCUUGCUGGACAAUCUCAAACAUCACUGCUGGAAAUAAGGAGCAGAUACAAGCUGUUAUUGAGGCAGGGUUAAUCGGUCCUCUGGUCAGUCUGCUUCAAAAUGCUGAGUUUGACAUAAAGAAAGAGGCUGCAUGGGCAAUCUCAAAUGCAACAUCUGGUGGCACUCAUGAUCAAAUCAAGUACUUGGUGAGCCAAGGCUGUUUAAAGCCUUUGUGUGAUCUCCUUGUAUGUCCUGAUCCAAGGAUAGUCACUGUUUGUUUAGAAGGGCUAGAGAACAUUUUGAAGGUCGGUGAAGUUGAAAAGAACUUGGGGAGUACUGGCGAUGUUAAUUUGUAUGCCCAAUUAAUAGAUGAUGCCGAGGGGUUAGAAAAGAUAGAAAACUUGCAGAGUCAUGAUAACAAUGAAAUAUAUGAGAAGGCAGUGAAGAUUCUCGAGACUUAUUGGUUGGAGGAGGAAGAUGAGACUUUACCUUCUGGUGAUGGUGCCCAGCCUGGGUUCAACUUUGGAGGAAACGAUAUUCAGCAUCCAUCUGGCGGAUUUAACUUUGGAUGAAGAAGUUUCAGUUUGGUGGACGGAGCUGCUCAGGUUGAAAGGAACAGCUUAUAUGUUGGCGUCGCGUUGCGUCGGGUCGGGUCGGAGCACCUCACUGUGUCUGGUUUCGGUCUAGGUCCAGUGUCUGUUGUGGUUGAAGAGGUGCCAAGGUUGGUCAGUUUAUAAUACAAUUGUCAAAUAAAGGUGGUGUGACCGUGUUUAAUGGUGAAAUAGAUGGCCUGGUGGGUGCAUUGUUUGGUCCUUUGCUUUGUACCAUGCAUAUUUUGGAGAAGUCACGAGGGGAUGGGUGUCGCUUGAGAGUAUUUUCUGAAUGCUGGUCUUUUUUAAUGAAUUUACAUCUUAGUUGUAUUAGUAGUCUCGAAAGAGUCGGUAUUCUUUUUGCUGUUGCUGGGUGAACAUAGUUUCUGCAUCUUUUUUUAUUACCUGGUGUAGUGCAUGAAAGAAAAGAAAGAGGUCUUAUUUUCCGGUGUUAUAACCGUUGCAAGUUGAUAUCUAUUUUCAAGUAUUCAUUAGAUUUCUUUCCUGUAUGGCAAUAUUAGUUUUAAAUGUCGUAGGACCGAUGC